GUGUGCGGGAAGUCGUUCAAUAGAAUGUACAAUCUGCUGGGUCACAUGCACCUCCACGCCGGAUCCAAACCCUUCAAGUGUCCUUACUGCUCCUCUAAGUUUAACCUGAAGGGGAACCUCAGCCGACACAUGAAGGUCAAACACGGCAUGGACAUCUCACCUGAUGGACAAGGUGAGGUUUUACCCUUCACCCUAACCGUUUACCCUUUAACCCUAACCCUUUACCCUAACCCUUUACCCUAACCCUUUACCCUUUACCCUAACCCAGCAUGGACAUCUCACCUGACAGACAAGGUAGGGCUUUACUUUUUUCCCAAACCCUGAACUUUAUCCUAACCCUUUACCCUUGUGUCAUCUUGAUGACUGUCCAGUAAUAUGGUCAAGUGCAGCAAAGAAAGACCUAGAAAGCUGCAGCUGGCUCAAAACAGAGCAACACGCCUUGCCCUGUACUGCACAUACACAACUAACAUCAACAACAUGCAUGCCAGUCUUUCCUGGUUGAGGGUUGACGAGAGAUGAACUGCUUCUCUUCUAGUUUUUAUGAGAAAUAUUACUGAUGGACAUUUCCAGAUUGUCUGCAUAAUCAAAUAACAUACAGCUCAGACACCCAUACAUACCACCAGGGGUCUCUUCACAGUCCCCAAAUCCACGGUGUUGUGAUCCUGUUGGUUCUACCACGGUGUUGUGAUCCUGUUGGUUCUACCACUGUGUUGUGAUCCUGUUGGUUCUACCACUGUGUUGUGAUCCUGUUGGUUCUACCACUGUGUUGUGAUCCUGUUGGUUCUACCACUGUGUUGUGAUCCUGUUGGUUCUACCACUGUGUUGUGAUCCUGUUGGUUCUACUACGGUGUUGUGAUCCUGUUGGUUCUACCACUGUGUUGAUCCUGUUGGUUCUACCACUGUGUUGUGAUCCUGUUGGUUCUACCACUGUGUUGUGAUCCUGUUGGUUCUACCACGGUGUUGAUCCUGUUGGUUCUACCACUGUGUUGUGAUCCUGUUGGUUCUACCACUGUGUUGUGAUCCUGUUGGUUCUACCACGGUGUUGAUCCUGUUGGUUCUACCACUGUGUUGUGAUCCUGUUGGUUCUACCACUGUGUUGAUCCUGUUGGUUCUACCACGGUGUUGUGAUCCUGUUGGUUCUACCACGGUGUUGAUCCUGUUGGUUCUACCACUGUGUUGUGAUCCUGUUGGUUCUACCACUGUGUUGUGAUCCUGUUGGUUCUACCACUGUGUUGUGAUCCUGUUGGUUCUACCACGGUGUUGUGAUCCUGUUGGUUCUACCACGGUGUUGAUCCUGUUGGUUCUACCACUGUGUUGUGAUCCUGUUGGUUCUACCACUGUGUUGUGAUCCUGUUGGUUCUACCACGGUGUUGUGAUCCUGUUGGUUCUACCACUGUGUUGUGAUCCUGUUGGUUCUACCACUGUGUUGUGAUCCUGUUGGUUCUACCACUGUGUUGUGAUCCUGUUGGUUCUACCACUGUGUUGUGAUCCUGUUGGUUCUACCACUGUGUUGUGAUCCUGUUGGUUCUACCACUGUGUUCUUGGUUGGUGUUAGGGUUGGUUCUACCAUUGUGUUCUGGGUUAGGGUUGGUUCUACCACUGUGUUCUGGGUUAGGGUUAGGGUUGGUUCUACCAUUGUGUUCUGGGUUAGGGUUGGUUCUACACGUGUUUGGUUAGGGUUGGUUCUACCACUGUGUUCUGGGUUAGGGUUAGGGUUGGUUCUACCCAUGUGUUGGUUGGUUAGGGUGGUUCUACCAUGUGUUCUGGUAGGGUUGGUUCUACCACUGUGUUCUGGUUAGGUUAGGUUGGUUCUACCAGGUGUUCGUUGGUUCUACCACUGUGUUUGUUAGUAGUUGGUUUACCACUGUGUUGGUUAGGUUGGUUGUCUACCACUGUUGUGAUCUGUGGUUUACCACUGUGUUGUGAUCUGUUGGUUUACCACGUGGAUCCUGUGGUUCUACGGUGUGUGAUCCUGUUGGUUCUACCACGUGUGUGAUCCUGUGGUUCUACCACUGUGUUGAUCCUGUUGGUUCUACCACUGUGUUGUGAUCCUGUUGGUUCUACCACUGUGUUGUGAUCCUGUUGGUUCUACCACUGUGUUGUGAUCCUGUUGGUUCUACCACUGUGUUGUGAUCCUGUUGGUUCUACCACUGUGUUGUGAUCCUGUUGGUUCUACCACGGUGUUGUGAUCCUGUUGGUUCUACCACUGUGUUGUGAUCCUGUUGGUUCUACCACUGUGUUGUGAUCCUGUUGGUUCUACCACUGUGUUGUGAUCCUGUUGGUUCUACCACUGUGUUGUGAUCCUGUUGGUUCUACCACUGUGUUCUGGGUUGGGGUUAUGGUUGGUUCUACCACUGUGUUGUGAUCCUGUUGGUUCUACCAUGGUGUUAUGGGUUGGGGUUAGGGUUGGUUCUACCACUGUGUUCUGGGUUAGGGUUGGUUCUACCACUGUGUUCGGUGGGUUGGUUGGUUCUACCACUGUGUUGGGUGGGGUUAGGGUUGGUUCUACCACUGUGUUUGGUUGGGUUAGGGUUGGUUCUACCAUGUGUUGUGGUUAGGUUGGUUCUACCACGUGUUCGGGUUGGUUAGGUUGGUUCUCUGUGUUUGGUUAUGGGUUGGUUCUACCACUGUGUUUGUUGGUUGGUUGGUUCUACCAUGUGUUCUGGGUUGGGGUUGGUUCUCACUGUGUUGUUGGUUGGUUUCUACCACUGUGUUCUGUGGGGUUAGGGUUGGUUCUACCACUGUGUUCUGGGUUGGGGUUAGGUUGGUUCUACCACUGUGUUCUGGGUUGGGGUUAGGGUUGGUUCUACCACUGUGUUCUGGGUUGGGGUUAGGGUUGGUUCUACCAUUGUGUUCUGGGUUGGGGUUGGUUCUACCAUUGUGUUCUGGGUUGGGGUUGGUUCUACCAUUGUGUUGAUCCUGUUGCUUCUACCACGGUGUUCUUGGUUGGUGUUAGGGUUGGUUCUGCCACGGUGUUCUGGGUUGGGGUUAGGGUUGGUUAUACCACUGUACUCUCCAUAACAGCCCUUUUUCUCUGUGUUCCCAGAUGCUCUUCCUGAGAUGGAGGACCAGGGCCACUAUGAGGAGGACAACUUUGACUUCGGGGCCUCUGGGGCCAACAACAACAUGGAUAAUGGAGGCUCCCAGAACCUCACCAAGCUCACCACGGCAAACAUGGAGGACAUGGACAACUAUUACAGCUUUGGGAAGGAUACAGCUAACUACAACACGCCUUGA